AUGGUCGCUCUCACCCGUCGUGGCGUUGCGCUCCUAGCUAUUGCAGCCUGUGCAGCCACUGCUUUGGCUGCGGAGGGGCCUGCAGAAUCUCCUGAAGUGGGUUUUGAGGUCGCUGAGCAGCCUCAACAGCCGGAACCCGCCCCUGGCAGAAAGGGCGUCAGUCCUGGGACUCUGGCUGGCGCUGCCGUUGGCGCAGCCUUGUUGGCCGCGAUUGUUGUGUUUGGUAUCAAGGUAUUGGGAUCAAAGUUGGUUCAGACAGAUGAAGAGAAUGCUCCUUCAAAAAUCGCCGACGAGGUUUUGGGUUGUACGGGUAUGUAUGCUUUCAUGCAUUACGGGGAACUUCGUUGCUUGCCUGCAGAAGGGGCGGUUACACAUCGCGCUCGCUGUUUUUUCUUCUUGCGCGCAGACAAGAUGACUGUAUCCGCCGGCGCCACCUUGUGCUACAUUGAAGUUACCUAUGCGGGUGAUUCACGGGACGCAAUUAAAAAAAUGUCGGAAGAGGAUAAGAAUAAAACACGUGAUGACAUUUCUGACGCUCUUAAGGUGUUUUUUGGGGGCUCGACGGGGAGUGGCCAAUCUGUGUUUGAAUUUAAAGUGGGUGAAGGGAGCGUCAGACUAUCAAUCGACAGAAGAAGCACGCAGGCUACUGCAGAAUCGACGGGCGAAGCCUCCAGCUAA